AUGGUCCCUGAAGAAAAUGACCAAACUACAGGGACACCAGCUCAAACUUCAGUAUGCACAACAGACAGCGUGGAAGAUGUAUUGCGUUGCCUUGAACAACAAGUCGACACCACAACAGAAUUUAAGUUGUGUGUGGACAGAGAAGACCUUCCAGACAGAGGCAUUCUCCAGUGGCAGAGAAAAAAAUCUGCAUCUCCCACCAGUGUUCUUAGGGUGGUUUUCAUUGGAGAGGCAGGCGUGGAUACAGGAGCACUUAGGAAAGAGUUUUUGAGUGACAUGAUUUCAGGUAUUGAAAGCAGAUUCUUUGAAGGACCUGAGAACAAGGGCAAAAACCCCAAGUAUUCUCUGACCGAUCUUGAUAAUGAAAACUUCAGAACUGUUGGUGAAAUAAUUGCAGUCAGCCUCGCCCAAGGAGGCCCAUCUCCUGCCUUUUUCAAAGAAUGGUGCUACAAUUUCCUCUGCUCAGGAGAGGUUGAUUUCAGCUGUCUGUCUAAGGAGGAUGUUGCAGAUGUGGAAUCUUCCCUGCUCAUCAGCAAAGUUGAAGAUGCAGCAGACAUACAGUCUCUGAUGUUGUGGGCUGAUGAAAUUGUCACCUGUGGAUACACAAACCAGAUAAAGAUGGAUAGUAAGGAAAGCAUGAUACGUGCCAUUGUCUUACACUCUACAACAAGACUGAUUCCAAUGCUACAGCAGCUCAGAAAGGGCAUGGAACUGUAUGGUCUUGUGAACCUGAUGGCUGUAAAUCCUGAAGCUUGCCACAGUUUGUUUGUUCCUGGGAAAAUCCUCAAACCAGACGCUGAUUUCAUUAUGAUGAGCUGCCAACCACAUUUCAGUGAAAAGGGGACAUCUAGGGAGAGAACUGAGAGGAAGAUCAUAAAUUUUUUGCAAGAUUUCUUGCAGGAGAUUGAAGCAUCAGAAAAGACUUCAGAAACAUUUUCAAACAUCACAGAUGGAAACACAGGCGGUGCAGGUGGUGAAAAAUCAGAGUCUCUUGCUGUCCAGCAUGUGCUCCAGUGGAUGACCGGCCAGUCCCAUGUUCCCAUCCUUCCUGAUGAAAAGAGACAUUUCAAAAUAACAUGCAAGUUUGACCACGAAUGUAAGGAGCGGCUGGGAGAUCACUCAAUUUGUUACCCAGUUGUGAGUGCAUGCACUUGUACUGUGACUUUUCCAGUGCAGCAUCUGGACACGUACACAAUGUUUAAAACCAUAAUGAGUGCAGCAGUUAGAUAUGGUGGUGGAUUCCACAGAGUUUAACACAUUGUUGUCUUGUAAUUUGGAAACUAAAUGAGUAAAAAUGUUUCUAAACAUUAGCUGUUAAGAUGUUCGUAGCUGUUUCAUGAAAAUGAUAAGACUUCAAAACUUUGUGUAGGGUCCUACGUUGAUAGAUAUUAAGCAAGUGCUUUGUUUGAUUGUCUACUUGUAAUCUGAAUUGUAAUCU